UGACGUAGUGAGCCAAACUUCAGAAUGGAGCUGAAGGGAGGAAAAAGCCGUUAGUUGGCACCGUUAGCGGAGAGAAAGACGCACCGUCCAUGUCUUUAAAACAAACAUCGACCAACUGACAAAACCUACCGACAGCAAUGUCGCGAGAAAACACCACGCGAAGUUUGGACAGUAUAGACCUCGCUGCUUUAAGAGAUCCAGCUGGCAUCUUUGAGCUGGUUGAGGUGGUCGGCAAUGGAACCUACGGCCAGGUGUACAAGGGUCGCCACGUCAAGACUGGUCAACUGGCAGCUAUCAAAGUCAUGGAGGUCACAGAGGAAGAAGAGGAGGAGAUAAAGCUGGAGAUUAAUAUGCUGAAAAGUUAUUCCCAUCACAGAAACAUUGCUACCUACUAUGGUGCCUUCAUUAGAAAAGGACCUGCUGGACAGGACCACCAACUCUGGUUAGUGAUGGAGUACUGUGGUGCUGGCUCUGUGACAGACUUGGUGAAAAAGACUAAAGGAAACUGUCUGAAAGAGGACUGGAUUGCCUACAUCUGCAGAGAGGUGCUAAGGGGUCUUUCCCAUCUUCACUCCCAUCAUGUGAUCCACCGGGACAUAAAGGGCCAAAAUGUUUUGCUCACGGAGAAUGCUGAGGUCAAACUGGUUGACUUUGGAGUCUCAGCUCAGUUGGACAAGACGAUUGGUCGAAGGAACACUUUCAUUGGUACUCCUUAUUGGAUGGCUCCAGAGGUCAUCGCCUGUGACGAGAAUCCAGACGCCACCUAUGAUUAUAGAAGCGAUCUUUGGUCAUUAGGCAUCACUGCGUUGGAGAUGGCUGAAGGAGCCCCUCCUCUCUGCGAUAUGCAUCCAAUGAGAGCUCUCUUUCUGAUUCCUCGAAACCCUGCGCCCAGGCUUAAAUCAAAGAAGUGGUCGAAGCGUUUCUUGUCAUUCGUCGACAACUGCCUGGUCAAAAACCACAUGCAUCGACCCGCCACAGAUGCUCUGCUGAAGCACGCUUUCAUCAGGGACUUGGCAAACGAGAGGCAGGUCCGCAUCAUGCUGAAAGACCACCUGGACAGAACCAGGAAGAAACGUGAGAAAGAAGGUCCAGAGUACGAGUACAGUGGCAGUGAGGAUGAAGAUGAUGAGGUCACAGAGGAGGAAGGCGAACCCAGCUCCAUAGUGAACGCUCCCGGUGAAUGGACGUUAAGACGGGAGUUUCUUCGAUUACAGACAGAAGAUCGCGAAGGAGGCAAAGAGGGCGGUCACGUAGGAGGAGAAGGGGGUCAACAACGACAACAGCAGCAGCACAGGCAGCAGUUGGCAGAGCAGGAACGAAUCAAGCAGAUUCUGGCCGACAGACAGAGACGGAUCCAGCAACAGCAGGAGCAGCGGCAGAAGUUGGAGAAUCAGCAGAAGCUGACGGAGAGUGCCUUUCAGUGGGCGGAGCUUCAGGAGGUUUUUUGGGGGGAGGAGUCUGAUCUCCAUGGCAACAGAAUCCUACUGAUCGAGAAAAACAGGAGGUGUGACAGGAGACAGGAUCAUGCUGGCAGACAGCGGAGCGACAAUGUGUCAGUAAGGCCUCUGGACUCCACAGUGGAGCAGAGAGCCGUGGCUCCCGACCCGCUGCUUCAGCACACGUCCCAGCAUUCCCAGCUUCAGCCGCAAGCUAAGCCUCAGCCUCUGGCCCAGCAUCAGCAGCCCUCAGCGAGCAAGAGGUCCCACCGCACCCUGCCCAAAGACCAAACCCAGCUACUGUCGCUGCAGCACGACCACAGACAAAAGGAGAAGGAGAGACAGAGGCAGAGGGAAGCACCGGUGGCAUCUGUCCAGAAGUUAACAGUUUUUAGUGGGCAUAAAGCUGCUGCUCCUGUUCGUGCUGCUGCUACUUCUGCUGCUGCUGCAGGCUCACCUGGCCGCCCUGCAAACACCCAGCGUACAGCGAUGGAGCCCCAGGAAUCCCAGUUGGCCAGGGUGCUUCUGGCUGCCGGACUUUCCAAUCAGAUGCACUCCAGGCUGGGCUCUGGAAGCAACUCCAGUCCUUGUACUCCUGCCAUGCAGAGAGCUCACUUUAAACAGAAUGCCAAUCUCAUGCCCAGUCGCGAUGCCCCUCACAGCAGCUCGAUGUCAGAUAUGGCCAUCUCCCCAUUGUCCCCGUUUUCCCCUCUGUCCCAGAUUGACAAUGUCUUCUGGGACUCAGAGACUCCACCUAAAGUCCCAGAGCGCACAACUUCUAAAUUUUACUGCAGAGAGCUGGUAAUGGGGCACAAGAGGACGGCUUCAAGUGGCAGUCCAGUGUCUGUAUCAGACAGGAGCGGAAGGUCCGCGUCUCAAGGAGGCUGCUCCUCCAGCAGCAACCACCCAGGCCUGUUCGUGCUUGAAAGUCCUCUCCUGCAGCAUCGUCUGCAGCAGCACAGGAAGACUGAAAACACAUCCAGUGGACAUGCACAAGGAGUAAAAGCGGCGCUGGGACGUCGUAACAAGGCCACCGAAUACUCUUCUUCCAGUGAUGAGUUCGGCAGCAGCGAUGAUGAGGAAAGAAACAGGUCGGGCCUGUCCAAUGGUAAAGGGAAACACUUCAGAGGAAUACCCGAUGGCAUCGUCCUGCAACCCCACCAUAAUCUUAACCAGGUGUCCCGGUUGGGCUCGGAUGAUACCUACCUGCUGCCGGACCUCCUGCAGAAGACCUCCUCCUCCAGUCCUGCGCAUAACGCUCUGAGCCAGCAGCGUGCACGUGAACUGAGCUACUCGCUUUCAUCCACAGUUCCCGCGUCCCCCACUCUGCAGGAUCUGCAUGCUGUCAGCAGUCCAUCUGGCAAAAGCACCUGCUCUUCUUCCUCCCUGUCCUUCAUUGACCCAAGACUGAUCCCCAUAUCAUCGCCGCCUCAGAGCCCAACAGGCAUGAAGGGUGAGCCACUUAAGAGAGAGUUUCACAGAAAGGGCUCUGUGGUGAACGUAAACCCAACCAAUAUACGACCGCAGAGCGACACUCCAGAGAUCCGCAAGUACAAGAAGAAAUUCAACGCUGAGGUUCUGUGUGCUGGACUGUGGGGUGUGAAUCUGUUAGUGGGGACAGAAAAUGGGCUGUGGCUGCUGGAUCGGAGCGGGCAAGGGAAGGUCUACUCACUCAUCAGCAGACGAAGGUUUCAGCAGAUGGAUGUACUGGAGGGACUUAAUGUCCUGAUUACAAUAUCAGGCAAAAAGAACAAGCUGCGUCUGUACUACCUGUCCUGGUUAAGAAACAAGAUUCUCCAUAAUGACCCAGAUGUGGAGAAGAGACAAGGCUGGACCUCAGUAGGUGACUUGGAGGGCUGUGUACACUAUAAAGUGGUGCGGUAUGAGAAGAUCAAGUUCCUGGUGAUUGCAUUGAAGAACGCUGUGGAGGUGUAUGCAUGGGCCCCGAAACCUUACCAUAAGUUUAUGGCCUUCAAGUCCUUCAGGUCCCUACCGCAAAAACCGAUGUCUGUUGACCUGACAGUGGAGGAAGGUCAAAGGUUAAAGGUCAUCUAUGGGUCAUUGUCUGGUUUCCAUGCCAUUGAUGUUGACUCUGGAACGCCGUACGACCUCUACCUACCUACACACAUCCAAGGUCCCAUCCACCCUCAUGCCAUCAUCAUUCUGCCAAACAAAGCUGGAACAGAAGUUCUGGUUUGCUACGAAGACGAAGGCGUCUACAUCGACACGUACGGCCGCAUCACCAAGGAUACGGUGCUGCAGUGGGGCGAGAUGCCUACAUCUGUUGCCUACCUUCAGUCCAACCAGGUGAUGGGGUGGGGAGAGAAGGCCAUAGAGUUGAGGUCGGCCAACACAGGGAACCUUGAGGGUGUUUUCAUGCACAAAAAGGCCCAGAAACUGAAGUUCCUGUGUGAGAGAAAUGACAAGGUGUUCUUUGCUUCGGUGCAGUCCGGAGGCAGCAGCCAGAUUUACUUCAUGACGCUCGGACAGAACUCACUGUUCAGUUGGUAACUGGUGAACCCCUUAACCACUGGGGUCCAUCUUUGUGAUCCUGCAUUUGCUGGAUGAUUAGAUUUGUGCUGACCGAGGGCAGGAUUCAAGGACUAGCCCCUGUCCAUUCAGUCUUAUUCCAUGUUGAUGAGCAACAUCCCAGGAAGAACUGAUCAAGGAUCCUUCUGCUUCAAUCCAUCAAUCCGUUCCCGGCUACAACACAAAGGUCGGCACCUGAGAUUCACAGAAAGGUAACUUUAGUUUAUUGCUGCGUCACUAGAUGGCACAGGAUGUCAGAAGGUAGAGCUAGCAGUGCCUUUGUGAGAGCUUCAGAUCUACUCCCGUCACAGCAUCGGUGUUUUAUCCACAUGUAGCAGAAGAAAAUCUGGACUUUGUAGUGUAACAAUUUCAAAACACGCUCCUGGACAUUGGUCAACAUCUGAUCUAAAGUUUCCAUCCUGGAUGGAUCAGCCACUUCCUUCAUGAACUCCAGAAGGAUUCAGUUAAUAGUGUCUGUGCCUGUUUUUCACUUCUGUUUCUUUUAGCCAAGUGAUCUGUCAUUGAUGUCUGCUCUGACUUUCUCAAAAGGCUUUUUUUAUUUCUAGAUCAGUGCUGCCUGUUUGUAAUACCUCAAAUAUGUUUAAUAUUCAUGAAGACUUUUAGAUAAUCCCUGUAUGAUCAAUUUCUAUAAUUUAUUAAACUAUAUAUGACCAUAUAAACAAUAUAAAGUUGAUCCUUUUUGUUAGGAGGAUGUGACAGUCACUCCAUAAUUCACAGAUAAAUCAGUUCCCUUUAGGCAAACAAAAAUCUAACAAUUAACUUGAGAGCAGCAAUAAAUAAGCACUUUUUUCUUAAUCUUAAAGUCACGUCUCUAGUCAGCACUGUGCUCCACUGCGUAGUUUGUGUUGAACUUAAUUGCUCUUCCAAAAGUUCCCUAUUGAUUCCCAUUACUUCCAGUGUGAGCUUUCAUUUCUGCAACAGGACCAAAACAUAACUGCUUUGAAAUUUUGAGAUGAAGAUGAAAAGUAACAGUCCACUGUUGCUUUUUUGUGUCUAUUGCACAGCUUAAGAUGUACAUAUUUAUCUAAAAUGCACUGUUUUCUAAAUGUUUUACAAAUGCCAAGCCAUCUUUAUUUACCUGUACAGAAAUAUAGAAUUAUAAAUGUGAAAUUCAACCUCAUGAUUUCUGAAUGUUUGUGAAUAUGAUAAAGAGCCACUGACAGUAAAGCUCUAUUUCAGGCUCCACCAACCUGGUUAAAGCCUUCAUGCUUUAAUGAAUUCUUGUUUUUCCGUUGACUUUCUCCUGAUGUGUAUAAUGUAUAAAUCAGUUGUUUUGCACAAUAACCAUAAUACUGGUGUUUUCUCUUAAAUAUCCUGCUUUGAAAUGAAUUCAUGUUUUCAACCUAGACAUGUUAAGCCAUUCCUGUUAUCCGUUUGCUUUAGAUCAGUGUUUGUUACACUGUCAAAUAUGGCACAUACUAUUGUUUCUGACAGGAAUUUCUUUGCUUUGGCUGCUUUCGAGCCAGCCAACAAACUUCAUCCCAUCCCCUUAAAAUGCUAAGAGUUAAGUAGUAAAAGUGUUUUAUCCUAUUGUUCUAAUUUCAGUCACGGAAAAAAACAAACAUUCAGAGGUUUAUUGUAUUUGUGUCAUUGAGAUUAAUAUCAAUAAUUGAUAAAUGAUAACUAGGUGAUUUGCUGAGUUAUGUAAGUCAGAGACUGGUAUCAGCUCAGGGACAAUUGUAAUAUUGUACAGAGGAUGCCAUCCAACCUACAAAUUUGUCCAAGACCAUUGUAUGAUGAAAAGUUCACCAAAGUAUUGUGAAUUUUUACAUUUGGAGAUGUUUUCAUUCUCAUUGUGUAUACAUUCCAGCAUGAGGUUUAGCUUGCAUUGCUUUCUAUGAUCCGCUUCAUGUUUUCAUGUCAUGUUUAAGUUUUGUCAAAAUAUUGCCAAACAUUUUUUUUUAUGUCAUUGAUAUUUGUAGGUAGUUUUAAGUAUAAAACUGGAAUUGCAGCUGGUUCUGUGAGAAUAUUGUAAUCUCGUCAAAAACGGACCUUACUUGGUGUUGAAGGUUUUAUUGCUAACUUUUUAUCGAAUAUCUUGUGUUUGUUUCAGUAGAACAAUUAGCAUUCCUUCCUGACAUACUCGGAUAGUUUAUCGUAUUAACAGUAAAUGAAAUGACAGGAUUGUGAACUCAGUAUUUGAUUCAGUAGCAAACACAAAGCUAAACAUUAACUAACCCUAACUAAAUCUACCAGAGCUGGUUAUUGGCUUAACCUUUGGAGCUAACUAACAUUUUAAGCUAAUGUUUGGCUAAUAUUAAAACUUGUUGGCUAAUAGUAACAGAAAUUCAAUUAUAGAUAAAAAGUCUUUUUUUUUUUUGUCACAAUCACCAACUGUUAUGUUCAAGAACACUUAGAAAGGCCGUUCGUAGCAGGCAAAAAUCAGCGAAAAAUAAACUCCAAAGGAGUAAAUUACACAAAAUACAGUUUCAGUAAAGUCCCAUGACUUAAAUAGUUUCAUUAAUGUUAUAUUAGUUAAAUUUGUUUGAGAAAUUAUGCAUAAAUAUGAAGGGAUCAAAAAAAUAUGCUAACUUGUGGUUAGCUUCAGUUACAUCUGCGUACCUAUAGACCGAUUGAGUCCGAAUUGGGCCGUGUUCCUGAGCAAAACCAUGGUCAAAUCGAGAUUUGCCCUGAACCAACACAUUGUUUCCAGCUUCUUUUUAACCAAACUACAAUUUAUUUAUAUACGGACAGUUUAUGACAAAUCGUGUAUUUUAAGUGAUAAAAUGUCAGAAUAACUUUUCAUUGUACAACCACAAAGUAUUUCAACUCUGCCACACUCAAAUUUCCAACACACCCUAUCUCAAGCUUUUAGAAAAUAUGAACAGCUAAUUUAUUCAUCAUCUGUCCAUUAAAACCAUAACUGUUGUCUCUGUUUCUCUGUUCUUUCUUAUGUAAGUCAUCCUUAUUGUGCUUUUUUGAAUCUUUCAAAUAUCAUUGUAUAUCAUUACAUUGAUUGCAUGGACUCACUAAUGUUUUUUUUAAUGGCCAACAGUGGUGUUUUUAUUUUGAAAGACAUGUUUCUGCUGGCUAACAGUCAUUAGAGCAAGGCUGGGAAGAAAAGAAGCAAGUUCAUGUCUUUAUGUGCCAUAGUUAGUCAAAGUUAGUUCUUCAGUUCUCUCCCCUCCUGUGUUGCUAAGCAUUUCACUCUAGCUAGAUCACUAAUAAGAGAAACAGAUCAGUGCGUUUCCACCCACGCUUUCCACUGGUUGGGAUCAUAACAGAUUCAGUUUCAGACCCGUGGUGACUCACAUCUCUACCGUUCCCACCAGUUCUUUAUUUGUAACUCGUCUGGAAACCUUUCAUCUUCCUGACACUUUUUAUUCCCUCUGCGUGCUCUGCUCAACUCCAUGUAGCAUCUGUAACUCAUCUUGAUUUCAUCCAUAACUUCCUCCAGAUUUUUUCCCUGUUCCAUGAAAUAUUACUGUCCUUUUUCAGCAGUAACUAACCGAGCUGUCAGGCAAAACGAAUACACUUUACAAACUUUACUGACAAAGGGAAUCUUUUUAAAUGACCAUAAGCAUGUUUUCCUGGUUAAAUAUUGAAUUUCCCCAACACUUGUUGCGGUUUAAUAUAGCAGGAAGGAAGCAGAAUGCAGAGGAAAACGUUUGUAUAGAUUUAGGAAAGUCCAAUGAAACGUCUAGAGUUGUGUGGGAGAGAGUGAGGUAGACUGGAAACAGGCGGUCAAAGUGCAGCAAGCAGAACGGGAUGGAGUUAAAGGGAUGGCUGGUGGCUUCAGGGAAAUGUUAAGUUCCAGAUAAAAGGGGUGUUUAUUAUUGCUCUUGUAGGUAUUAAUCAUCACUUCAAAAAGUUUAAAUAUGUCAUGUUUUUAGGAUAUUGUUAAAGAGAAGACGUAUAUGAGUUAGUGAUCGGAAGAGGGAUUACACUAAACGUCUCAAGACUAAAUCUCUAAUAUUGGCUGCUUUCGUCCAUCUAUAACAUGUAGUCACGAUCGCCAGGUUACAUGAUUCAUGUUUUAGCUAAAUGAUGGUUAUAUAUAUAUAUGUAAAUGUAUAUAUAUAUAUGUAUGUAUGUAUGUAUGUGUGUGUGUCUGUGUGUGUGUGUGGAAAAUAUGCAUUUUGUUGGUCAAGUAAUUAAAAAAACUUCUAUUACCUUGUUUUUGCACUGGACCUAUGUUUGAUGUGUUGUAUACUGUACCCCUAUGUGCUUUAAGAUGAACUAACUCUCAUAUUAAUUCUCAUAUUUUAUGUAGACAAAAAUGACAGUGAUACAACAAUAAAUAUCUUGAACUACA